CAGGACUUCACGUCAGAUGCUGGGGCCGGCCUGCAGUGGCUGUGUCCAUAACAGCUUCGUUGUUUCAUGUCCUGAGCCAAGGAUUCGGAGGCGGGGCUAAGGCUUGACCGAUAGAAAAUGAGAAUUCUGCUGUCUUACGCUCUAUUUUUGAUAUCGUUUAGUUCAAAUCUCCACAACUGACGCUAGAAAAGUUGUAAUUUGAGGCGCUUUCCCUUGAAUUGCGCUGGGUGGGUAGAUGCGUUCUGUGUGAUGAGGCAAGGUGUAGUGAUAGCGUGGUCGUGAGGGCAGCGAGCGUGGCGAGAGGGCCACUGUUAUCAUAUCUGUGAGCUAAGGAAGUGAGAGGAGCAUGCAACAGUGGGCAAGGUUGGCGAUUGGCUGUGCGUGGCCUGAGCUGUAGUGGCCAAUGUUUGGGUUUCGGAAGUUACUCGGGGGCCGACUUUCUGAACACCACAAGCCGCCCCGUGUCUCUCGCAGCCACCCUGGGGGAAGAAAGGACAGACAGACGGAAAGACGGACGGACGGGAUAAAAGAAUUAAGAACAAAGAACAAGGAAAAAAGAACACAGGAGCUAGCCAGACACUUAAAUUAAUCUAUAGUGAAGUGAAGUGAAGUGAAAACACGUAGAUAUGGGUCCGCACGAUCACCAAGACGAGGAUGAGGUGGGUGAAAUGUACUCUGAGGAAAGCCUGAGCCGAUCUGACAGCGUUGACUACCUCUCCCUGCACGCUCUGGACGAUGGCACGGUGGAGGAGAGAUUCAGAGUGGACAGGAGGAAACUGGAGGCCAUGAUACUGGGCCGCCCCACCGACCCUUGUGAUCACGACCUACGCCUCCCCCAGGAUGCUGACGGCUCCGUGCUGAGUGCUGAGGCCUUCUUCCGUAAGAUAAUGGACGAGACGGAAACUGAAAUAAAAUACCCCAAGUUUCUCAAAGCUGGAGCCAGAAGCAAAAAAGAUCCUCAUGUGCGGGUGGUUGGGUCAGCGGAGGCAGUGCGGGCGGCCAGCCUGUUGGUGCGGCAGGAGCUGGACCCACCAAACAAGGUCACAAUGAAGAUGGACGUGCCAUGGACUCACCACUCACACAUCAUCGGCAAGGGAGGCAACACCAUUCGCCCCGUCGUCAAGAAAACUGGUGUGAGCAUCCACUUCCCCGAUGGCAACAAGAGCAAUGAGAUCAAGAAGAGCAAUCAGGUGUCCAUCAACAGCAGAGGCGAGGACCUGCAGGGGCUGGAGGAGGCACGGCAGGCUAUAAGGAACCUCACGCCACUCAUCUUCACCUUCACUCUGAGCUCCAGUGUGCAGUUUGUCAGUGUGGUGGAUGCCAACAUGCUCAUCCUCCAAGUGCAGAAUGCUUAUAAUGUACAGGUUGAGCUGCGAGCGCUGGAGGACCUGACGCUGGUUGGUUCAGUGCGAGGCAGUGAGUGGGACGCCGCCAGGGUGAAGGAGGCCACACUGUGCAUCCUUCAGGCGUACUGCAACACCCUGGCCUCUCAGGUUCCGAUCCAGAUGGCGGUGGAGGUGUCGCCGCAGCACCACUCCUACAUGCUGGGCCGCAACAACGACAACAUCAAGCGCAUCAUGCACCGCACCUCCACUAAAAUAGUCUUCCCUGACUGGAAUGACCCGUCACUCUCCCCUCUGAAGAAGUCCACCAUCACCAUCUCCGGCUCCUUGGAGAACGUGUACCUGGCAAGGCAGAACAUCAUAGGCUCCCUCCCGCUGGUGCUGAUGUUUGACCUGCAGCCGGGCAGCACAGUGGAGGUGCCGGAGUUGUCCCAGAUGAUGCAGCUCCUGGAUGUGCAGAUUGUCAUGAAGUCUUGUCGCAUGGAUGGCAGGCGGCCCGUGGUGGUCAAGGGCCCAGAGAGGAAUGCUGACAACGUGUACGAGGCCUGGCGGAUGCUGUGUAAGGUGAGCAUGUCGGCACCCAAGGCACGCAUCCCCUCCUCAUACCACAUGCCAGACGCCUCCUCCUCAUCAUCAUUCCACUCCAUGAACUCAGACCUUGGCCUGGGACAGUGGGUUGGAGGUGGCAGUGGGGGCUCUUCUCCCUUUCCCUCCCCCACCAGCACCCCUGCCCCCACACCCCUCCACCACCUGUCCUCCACCUCACUGUGGGGGGGCUUGACCACCUCCACCACGCCACCACCACUCUUGCCUCAUGUGUCGCGACCUUUGCAGCUUGACCCCGUCUGUCACACCCCGGCCAACCUGUACUCCGGCUCUGUCUUCCGUAAUGGCUACAACAACAACAUCAACAACAUCCUCAACAAUAACAACAACAACAACAAUAACAUGCUUGGCGGCGGCGGCAUGAGGAACACUGGUUGCCUGAGGAACGACAACUGCAUCUUGCCCAAGGACUUGACCAGCAGCGGCGGCGGCAUCAACCUGGACUCCCUGGUGAAGAGCAUGAAGGGUAUAGAAGUAGCCAAUGGAGACCUGUCGUGUGGCAGCAGCAACAACAGCGGCAGCUCCCUCUCCUCCCCGGCACACUCCCCACGCGACGCCUCCCCGGACCAGGUGCUGGGUUCAUCCUCUUCCACCACCACCACCACCACCACCACAGCCUCGCCGCACUUCUCCGACACUUCCCCUCAGCCACACUCUAGCAUGGACGCCCUGUCUGCCCUGCUGAAAGACAUGGACUGGCGGGCCCCGGGCUGCGAGAAGAAGCACAGGGAGAGAGUGGCAGUGGCGGCACAGAAGAUGACCACUCUCUCCGACUACAGCUCCAAGAAGGUGGAAGCUGCCAGAGCCAUGAAGCAGGACGUUGGCUCCACACCCCGCACACCCACCUCCAGCUGGUCUGGUUACGGCUUCAGCAAGAGUAUGCCAGGCUUCAUGAUCCGACAGAAGCUACAGGAGGUGAAGGAAGCCAGGCAGAAUGGUGUGGGUGGCGGUGGCGGCAGCGGGCUGGAGGAGUGGGGUGAAGCGUGGCCACAGCAGCAGCAACAGGAUGGUGGUGGCAGCAACGGCAUGACCAGCUUCUCUUCCUCCUCGUCCUCCUCCACACCCUCCCCAUCAGUUGCCAGCCUCAAGUACCACAAUGGCUUAUCACAGUUUGCCCUGAGUGACAAGUGCCUGUCCUCCCUCACCCCGCGUCCGCCCAUCAAUCUGUCCGCCAGCAACUUCAUGGACUGCGUGCUGCCUCGUUCCCGGGACAGAGACACGCUGCACACCACCUCCUCCUCGGCCUCCUCCCUCCACUCCUCCUCCCAGGGCCUGGACAUCACCUCCAUCCUCACCGACCUGCAGCUGCCACAGUACAUAGAUGUGUUCCUGGGGCAGGAGGUGGACCUCAAGAUGUUCCUCUCCCUGGAGGAUUAUGAACUCAAGGAACUCGGCAUCACCAUCUUUGGACACCGCAAACGCAUUCUCAUGGCCAUUAAAGACCUGUCAAGCAAGUCGUCACUGUUCCUUGGUGGAGCUGCAGGAAGUGGACUGGGAGGAUUGGACCACCAUUCCCCACUCAGGGACUCCACCACUACCACAUCCUCCUCCACCACUUGGGACUGAGAUGACAAUGGAUCGACACACUUCACUACAUCUGUUUUACUACUACUACUACUACUACUACUACUACUACUACUACUGGUGGUGGUGGUGGUGGUGGUGUUACCCUGGGAAUACUAACACUUCUUUACUAACUCCACAAGCAUCCAUUCACUUCAUGUCUGUUUCCUGCCACUGUUACUCCUGUUACUCUUAGACUCAUCCUUGUGCUUCUAUAACUGCUUCAUCUUGCACUACAGUGUGUUUGUAAUGUUGCUUGUGUCCUUCGUAUCCACUACUGGUGCUUCUACUAGGGAGCUCUACUAUGGUUAGGUUUGUUCCUUACUUUGCUAGUUUUGUUGGUCGGUCCUGCUGUCGUUACUAUUGCCAUUACAACUACUACUGUUACAUCCGUCCCACUGCUGCUACUCCUAUUGCUGGUGCCUUCAUUACUACUAUUACUACAACAAAAACCACCACUACUAAUAUUCCAUCCAUCAGUGGUGCUUUACAACUACUACUAUUAUGAUUGCAUACAUUUGUCUUCAUUACUACUACUCAUUUUACUAUUGCUGGUGUUUUUGCUGUUACUGCAUCAAUGACUGUACUGGGAGUGGAAGUGUGGGUGGGCUGGGCUGGGCAGGGCAGGGAGGGAGGGUAGGUUAGACUGGGCUGGGCUGGGAGGGAAGGGAAGGGACAGACAGAUAGACACGGAAGAAGACCAAUGCGUUGAAAGUGUAUUUUUUUAUAGGAUAACUCUAGGAUACAUUUUUUUUUUCUUUGACGCUACUAAUAGACCGGGAGGAAGUACUUAAGAGGGCCACCCUGCAGUGCGCCCCAACCUGUGAGUGGUGGUGAGGAUGAUUCGUCUAGUGGAUUGAGCAUGUGGUUCGUUUGUUUUGUACGGUUUGACUGACACAAUCCAUGUCUUCAAUAGGUAACCAACCCCAUUCUGAUGUGGCAUGUCUGACUUAAGGAAGCCAAGAUUACUUUGACGAUAUAUAUAUAUUGUAAGGUUUCAUGUGAACCUCGCUGUUGCCGUGUGUGUGUGUGUGUGUGUGUGUGUGUGGAGGGUUGGCAAAAUAUGCUAAAAGUUUCAAUCUCCCCUCACAGCAGAAAGAUGUUUGUUUGUUUGUUUGUUUUUCCAUCUUUUCUGCUGUUAUAUUUUCUGCAGUAUAAGAAUUGAUGCAGAGGAAGGAGUGCCGUACAAGGAAAUGAUGGGGCAUUAAUACUGAGUGUGUGGGGGGAGAGAGGGAGAGUGAGCUAUUAGUAUGAAAGAAAUGUAAGAAUUUAUUAGUGAAUUAAGAAGAAUGAGUGGAAUACAAAAGGAUACAGUGUGUGUGUGUGUGUGUGUUGCUAGUACUGAAGGAAUGAAGAGGACCUCAUGAUACAUUGCUACUAGUGUGAGUAUGUGUGCGUGUGCCUUGGACCAAGAGAUGCGCACACAUGCAUAGGUCGAGGCACCAAUGAUGCUCGCUCCGCCAAGCACCAAGCACCAGGUGCCUUCCACCAGUGUUCCCGAGAGGUGUACAUGUGAUAUUAAGCUAGCAAGGUUCAGCCCUGUGGCUGUGCUUCCACAAAAGAAAAAAAAAAAAAAGCAAUUUUUGUUCGAGAAAUUUUUCGUUAAUUAUUUUUAUAGCAGUUGGAAUUUUUUUCAUUUGUUUGUUGGUUUACAAAUGUGCAUGAAUUAUGAAUUACCUUGUCCAUUUUUUCUAGUCUUUCUGUUCACUACUGCGGAAGGGAAAGGUUGUCAUUCAUGGCGGGUUUUUAAGAAUUUUUUUUAUUUCUUUUAUGAAUUAUUAGAAGUUUGUUUUAGUUCAGUGUUCGGGGUUGGCGUGGUGACCGCCUGUCUGGGGCGUCGCGGCGCGCCACGGCCUGCCGCGGCACAACCUGCACGCACUUUUAUUUAAGAGAAUUUAUCCAAAAAAAUGUUUUUGAAAAAAAAAAAAAUUGAUUCCUUCUAUUUUGAAUAAAGAUAUCAUAUAUACUAAAA